UUAAGAUAACUCUUUCUGUAGGUAUUUUAGUCCAAAUACACCAUCGAGAGAUUAUGUGUUUCGUUAGGACGACGUAAUCGUUGCAGAAUUUGUUUAUUUUGAGUUACCUGUUCGAGCCAUGACAUCUCUGUCAGAAGAGGUGCUGCUGGUGGUGAAAAAGGUCCGUCAGAAGAAGCAGGAUGGCACUCUGUAUCUGAUGGCUGAGAGAAUAGCCUGGAGUCCAGAAGGCAAAGACCGCUUCACAGUCAGCCACUUGUACGCAGAUAUCCGCUGUCAGAAGAUCAGCCCUGAUGGCAAAGCCAAAAUUCAGCUUCAGCUGGUCCUUCACACCGGCGAGAGUACCACAUUCCACUUUGUCAAUGAGAGCACUGCACUCAAAGAUCGAGAAGCUGCCAAGGAGCUGCUGCAGCAGCUACUGCCAAAGUUCAAGAAGAAAGCCAACAAGGAACUGGAGGAGAAAAACAGGAUGCUUCAAGAAGAUCCUGUACUUUUCCAGCUGUACAAAGACCUCGUGGUGAGCCAAGUGAUCAGUGCUGAGGAAUUUUGGGCCAACCGGUUAGGAGGCAUGAACAACGGAGAACCUGCACCUUACAGCAACAAACAGGAUGUUGGUAUAUCUGGAGCAUUUCUGGCCGACAUUAGACCUCAGACUGAUGGCUGUAAUGGUUUGAGAUACAAUCUGACAGCUGAUAUCAUUGAGUCCAUUUUUAGAACUUAUCCUGCAGUGAAGCAGAAGUAUAGUGAAAAUGUGCCUCACAACCUGACGGAGAAAGAGUUCUGGACCCGCUUUUUCCAGUCGCAUUAUUUUCACAGAGACCGCAUCAGUACGGGGAUGCAGGAUAUUUUCACAGAGUGUGCCAAGCAGGAUGAGAAAGGUUUAAAGUCUUUGGUGAAUCAAGGCGUGAAGAAUCCUUUGGUUGACCUGCUCUCACUGGAAGAUAAAACAUUAGAUGAGGGUUAUGGAAUUAGCACAGCUGUACCCUCAACCUCUAAUGCCAACAAGACGGUGAAGGAAAGCAGCAACUCUGCGAUUAUCAAACGAUUCAACCAUCACAGUGCCAUGGUGCUGGCAGCAGGCUCGCGCAGGGGGGAUGCGCCAACUGACCAGGCCAGCGAGACGAGCAGCACAGACGGAAACUCAAGAGAUUCCGACUUUUUUCAGCCGCCUCUUAAGAAGGUAAAACUACAAGAAGCCAUAGAGUAUGAGGAUCUGCAAAGGGAAAACAAACCAAAAAUGGUUGCAUUAAACCUGAAGAAGUCUGACAGGUACGCUCAUGGUCCCGUGCCGCUUCAGUCCCAGCAGUACACAACCAGUCAGGAUAUCAUCAACUCUGUCAGCUACAUACAGCAUGAGAUGGCAAACUACAAACCCAACCUCACUCAGGUGUUGUCCUGUGCAGCAGCUAGUUCUGCCAUUGCAGCGCUCUCUCCAGGAGGUGUCCUCAUGCAGCCUGUUGGACCACAAGCCAUAAACCAGAUGAUAUCCACAGAGCUUCAAGGAGAGUUAAAACAUCUUUAUGUUGCUGUUGGAGAAUUAUUGAGACACUUCUGGUCCUGCUUUCCUGUAAACACGCCAUUUUUAGAGGAAAAGGUGAUAAAAAUGAAGUCAAACCUUGAGAGAUUUCAGAUAACCAAGCUUCGUCCUUUUCAGGAAAAACUCCAGCGUCAGUACUUAAGUACAAACCUUACAGGGCACUUGGAGGACAUGUUGCAGGCUGCCUAUACCAAGUUUCACAUCUGGCAAACCCGCAGGAUGAUGAGGAAAACCUGAGCUGUGAUUGUGUGCCAGGGAGAAGACUAGAAAGACUUUGAUGUAUGGUUGAAAGACUCAUGAAGGUCCUCCAUGCUGUAAGAGGACCACAGCCCGAUGGAACGUAGUUCACCAGGGCUUAAAGAGGAUAUAGAGGGAUGCUGCUACAACCUCAGAAGUUCAACAAAGAAUAACUGCACCUCAGUCACAAACAUUUGUUUUGUUCUUAUUUCUUUGUGUUUUCUCUGUGGUUGAGAGCUCUCUACCUGUAAAUGUUAAGCAGGACUUUUAAAAUGACCAAACGUCAGCAAAAGGCUCUCAGGGCAACACACUGAAAGAAGAGAUGCAAGCAGAGGACGGUUCAUAUGUUUCAUCUCUGCACAAAGCAGAGGAAAAAAGAGGCUUUGGGGCAUGGUGAGCCCCCUUGAAAACGGGGAGUAAUAUGUAGAAGUGUUCAAAUAAACCUGAAGCAAGAGAAGAGCAAUACUGUAAAGACAUUUCACAUUUGAGUGCAUUAGGGUGGCUUAAAUGAAAGUGUCAGCGGUUUAUAAUGUCUGCACUACCUGUCUGCACUGAAGAGGAAAUAACACAA